AUGAACGGCACGGCUCUCGUCAGCAGCACGUGCCGCGCCAAAGGACCAGUUCCUUGCAUAUCGACCGCGCUCCAUUCGACGCAUCAAAGUCCAGCUGCCUCUUUUUCAUGGGCACGCGUUCGAUCAUACCAUGACUUGCCCGUAAGGUGGCUGAGCGCCUCGACUCUACGGAGAAAUUGCUACACGGAUUUAGCUCGCAAAUCACAAAUUCUUCGCGCCGAACCUCACUCUCCUGUGAGUCAAUUCAGGCGACGAUUCUCAAUGCCAAAAAUGAAUGGUUCAACCACGCCUGCAAAAUCACUCGGCGAGGCAGUGAUAGCGUUUGGGAGCAACAUGGGUGAUCGUGUUGCAAAUAUCGAGGCUGCUCUGACCAGAAUGAAGACGCAUGGUCUUAACGUUAUCAAAGUUAGCUCCUUAUAUGAGACCAGGCCUAUGUACUAUGAUGACCAGGAUGCGUUCUUGAACGGUGUUUGCCAGGUCGAGACGUCACUUGAACCUCUGCCCUUACUGGAUGUGCUGCAGAGCAUUGAGAAUGACCUUGGCCGGAAGAGAAUCAUCAACAAAGGGCCGAGAACAAUUGAUCUUGAUAUCAUCCUCUACAAUCAGCAACACAUCAAGCAUCCUCGUCUGGAGGUGCCUCAUAAAUUGAUGCUGGAAAGAGAAUUUGUGCUCCGGCCUCUUGCCGACAUUCUUCCAAAUGACCAUCUUCCAGCAAGCUUUUCUCCUACCAGUACCUCUCGUACGAUGCAUCAGCAUUUGAAUGCACUUGCAGAAAAAGAUAGCACCAUGUCACCUGUGACUGUCCUCAACUCCCGGCUGCCCCUGAUCCGGCCUCACGACCGAAGCCGCAAGACCCACGUCAUGGCUAUCCUUAACCUCACGCCUGACUCUUUCUCAGACGGGGGAGUGCACAGUGCUAAGGACUUGGAGACGAUCAAAGCAACCGUCAGAGCUUUCAUUGCCGCUGGAGUCGAUAUAAUUGACAUUGGAGGGCAAAGCACACGCCCAAAUGCAGACCUUCUCAGUUGUGAAGACGAGCUCAGCCGAGUGCUCCCCAUUGUCCAAGCUAUCAGAGGAAUGGAAGAAGCUGAAAAUGUCGCCCUGAGUAUUGACACUUUCCACUCUGGAGUGGCUCGUCAAGCCAUUCUCGCAGGAGCGGACAUCAUAAACGAUGUUUCUGCGGGUGUUAUGGACCACCGAAUGCUUCCAACGGUGGCAGAACUUGGGAAGACCAUCAUUUUAAUGCACAUGCGAGGCAAUCCGCACACUAUGACCAAGCUCACCGAUUAUCCCGAGGGUGUUGUCAAAGGUGUAGCAAAGGAGCUCAGCGAGCGCGUCAAGGCUGCCACAGUUGCGGGAAUCUUACCGUGGCACAUCAUACUCGACCCUGGGUUGGGCUUCGCGAAGAAUCAACCGCAAAACCUGGAACUCCUUCGCCGAUUACAGGAGCUUCGGGAAGACACUGGAAAUGCGGUCAGCCUGAAAAACUUCCCUUGGCUCGUGGGACCAAGCCGGAAGGGGUUCGUGGGCAAGAUCACCGGCGUCCAAGAAGCAUCGCAACGGAGCUACGGCACAGCUGCUGCAGUGACCGCGAGCGUUGAAGGUGGCGCCGAAAUCGUCCGGAUUCACGAUGUUAGUGAGAUGGUUCAGGUCACAAAGAUGGCGGAUGCCAUUUAUCGGUCGUCUUGA